CCGUUGAAACCAAACGUAGCACAUCUGCUCUCCACACUCCAAAUACUCUCUUCAUUUCCAUUUCACAACACAACUGAAGAAGAUAUCUAUCUCUCACAAUGGGAUUAGGGUUACUCGCUUCUCGAGCCCUACGAUCUUCUAGAAUCUUCCGUAACCCGACCAAUUCCGUACUCCGCACCAUCGUCUCCACACCGGAACUCAACAACGCCGAUGCCGCCGCCGCAACGGCACCAGCACCCGUACCGUCAGAUCGGAGCCCGGUUGGUGGGGCCCGAGUUCAUUUCCCUAACCCGGAUGACGUCAUCGAGGUCUUUGUGGAUGGGUACCCGGUCAAAAUCCCUAAGGGCAUGACUGUACUUCAAGCUUGUGAAAUUGCUGGAGUUGAUAUCCCUAGGUUUUGUUACCAUAGCAGGCUAAGUAUUGCUGGGAAUUGCCGGAUGUGUCUUGUUGAGGUUGAGAAAUCUCCUAAGCCUGUUGCUUCUUGUGCCAUGCCUGCACUUCCAGGAAUGAAGAUCAAGACAGAUACACCUAUUGCCAAAAAGGCUCGUGAAGGAGUCAUGGAGUUUUUGCUUAUGAAUCAUCCACUGGAUUGUCCAAUUUGUGAUCAGGGAGGAGAAUGUGAUCUCCAGGAUCAGUCUAUGGCCUUUGGCUCUGACCGCGGGCGUUUCACUGAAAUGAAGAGGUCUGUGGUUGACAAGAAUUUGGGCCCAUUGGUAAAGACUGUGAUGACCCGGUGCAUCCAGUGUACGAGGUGUGUCAGGUUCGCAACAGAAGUAGCUGGAACAGAGGACCUUGGAAUGUUAGGUCGUGGCAGUGGAGAAGAAAUUGGAACUUAUGUUGAAAAACUUAUGACAAGUGAACUUUCAGGGAAUGUGAUUGAUAUUUGUCCGGUUGGAGCCCUUACCUCAAAACCUUUUGCCUUUAAAGCCAGAAAUUGGGAGCUAAAGGGCACAGAAAGCAUUGAUGUGACUGAUGCCGUUGGUUCUAACAUUCGAAUUGAUAGUAGAGGUCCGGAGGUCAUGCGUCCAAGGGUGGAAGCUGCUAUGGUGAAUGCCAGAAUACGCAAAACAGUUAGAGCAAAUAAUGCUAAGGUGGGUUAUAUUGGGGCUGCUGCUGAUUUCAACUACGAUCAUCAACAUCUUGGAACAGACCCUCAAACACUAGUUGAAAUUGCUGAGGGCCGCCAUCCCUUUUCCUCGUCUCUUAAAAAUGCCAAGAACCCAGUCAUCAUUGUCGGGGCUGGUGUGUUUGACCGAGAGGAUAAGGAUGCUGUCUUUGCUGCUGUUGACACGAUUGCAAAGAACAAUAAUGUUGUGAGAUCUGACUGGAACGGACUAAACGUGUUGCUGCUGAAUGCUGCCCAAGCUGCCGCACUUGAUCUUGGACUUGUACCUGAAUCUGAUAAAUGCAUUGAUUCUGCAAAGUUUGUAUAUUUGAUGGGUGCUGAUGAUGUAAACUUGGACAAACUUCCAGAUGAUGCCUUUGUGGUUUACCAAGGUCAUCAUGGUGAUCGUGGUGUAUAUCGUGCCAAUGUGAUUUUGCCGGCAUCUGCUUUCACAGAGAAAGAAGGAAUAUAUGAAAACACAGAAGGAUGUGCUCAGAUCACACUGCCAGCCGUUCCUACUGUUGGUGAUUCCAGGGAUGAUUGGAAGAUAAUCAGAGCAUUGUCUGAGGUGGCAGGUAUUGGAUUACCCUAUGAUAGUCUAGGGGCAAUCCGAUCUCGAAUUAGGACAGUGGCACCAAAUCUCCUAGAAUUGGAUGAGAGGCAACCAGCCACAUUCUCAACUUCUUUGAGACCUGAGGUCAGCCAAAAAGUAAGUUCAACUCCAUUCAAUCCUGCUGUGGAAAACUUCUACAUGACCGAUGCAAUUACUAGGGCCUCAAAGAUUAUGGCUCAGUGUAGUGCCUUGCUAAGGAAAUGAGCAUCGGGUUUUGAUACCUGUAAUAAGAUUUUCCAUUCACUUUUUCCUGCCAGUGUUAUCAGUUUGAAAAAUGAUGGAUUUUUUGUAUUGGGAUCAAAAGAAGAGAGCAGAGAAGACUGUAAAUUGAUGUGCCACAAUGAAUGCCCUCAUAAAUGGCACCACAACUUAGGUCUCUGGUUUGUACCUUUUUCUGUAAUUUAAUCAGCAAGUUUGCUGUGAUUGUUGAGUUUUCCA